AUGCUCCGUGUGCCGCGCGGCCGCGUGUGUGCAAAGCCGGAUAAAUCGCAAAUUCGCUGUAACCGGAGACAAGACCCGCCUCCGGCGUCGCCUUCUGCUCUUCGGCUUUGCGAGAGCGCAGCGAAAGGCAGGAGAGGCGCGCACUGGGGGCGCGGCUCCCUCAGCCCCUCCCCAACCCACCGGCUAACCCGAGAGUGGCCCGCGCCCUCUCCGGUGCGCCUCCGACCCAGCGCGGCACUCCCCGCAGCGGAGUUCAGCCCCAGCGUGCACCGUACACUCGUCGUUUCCAGAGAGCUGCAGGUGUUUGGUGUGGGAGUGGGCGUCUCUGUGCGUGCGUGGGUGCAGUGGGAGGCGGUGCGGGAGGGGUUGCAGUUCAUCGCAUUGUUCUAUAUCUUUGGGGCAAUCCCAGAACUGCACCCCUACCCCAUCCGGGAGACAAGGAACUGUGAAUUUCAAAGGUUAGAGGAGCUCCCUGGAAGCCAGCCUCCUGGCUGGCAAGGCUCCCACGCUGCCCGCGCCUCCACACAGGAUGUGCUUCCUGAAGUUGCUGGUCCAGAUGGCCGGCGGAAGCUGCUCCUCAUAAAUCACCAGGCCUCGCAGAGCUGCGCUCAGCCACUUUCUCCUCUCCCUCUCCCCAGGUCCCGGUGCGUGGGCCCCAUCUGCGCCGUCAGCAGAACGGGCUCCUGCAGCCCCGGGAGCACGUCUGUGGUCACCCUCCCCACCGGGGCCAGGAGCCUCGGCAAUGACUCCUAG